AUGUCUGUCUCCAGGGACAGCAGUAAUAGACAUGUUAUCUGUCUCCAGGUGGCGCUGAAGUUUGUGGACCAGAGGAAGAUAAAGAUGUGGGCUAAAAUGUCGGAGAGUAAAGAUGUGUUGCCAUUGGAGAUCGCUUUGCUGCAGCAGGUGUGUCGCUUGCCCAGGAGUAGAGGCGUGGCCCAACUCCUUGACUACUAUUGGAUGCCAGGGCCAGAGGGGGCAGGCAUAUAUCUGCUGGUUCUAGAGCGUCCAAUCCCCUGCUUGGAUCUCUUUAAUUAUAUGCAGGAGGGGAGUGGCUACUUGGAGGAGGGGAUGGCACGUCAUGUGAUGCAGCAGGUGGUGUCUGCUCUGCUCCACUGCCACUCCAGGGGCGUGGUCCACAGAGACCUGAAACCUGAGAACAUCCUGGUUGAACUGACCAAUCACAACGUCCUGCUGCUCGACUUCGGCUCCGCCUCAGUACUCAAGGAGGGAGAAUACACCGAUGUGGCAGGUGAGACAAACUUGCAUGCACCUAAAACGCACGCACGCAAGCACACACGUACACCUGAGUAUCUUCCUCCAGAGACAGUACUGAGAGGGGAGUACUUUGCUGUUCCGGCCACCGUGUGGUCGCUAGGAAUACUGCUUUUCCAGGUACAUUACUACAAAUUACGGUACCUCCUACGUGUCUACGGUAUCUCCUACGUGUCUACGGUACCUCCUACGUGUGUCUACGGUACCUCCUACGUGUGUCUACGGUACCUCCUACGUGUGUACGGUACCUCCUACGUGUGUCUACGGUACCUCCUACGUGUGUCUACGGUACCUCCUACGUGUGUACGGUACCUCCUACGUGUCUACGGUACCUCCUACGUGUCUACGGUACCUCCUACGUGUCUACGGUACCUCUACGUGUCUACGGUACCUCCUAUGUGUGUUUAA